AGAACAUGCCCGGGUGACUCUCUCCCCGAUCUUCCUGGUGGCCUUCCUCGCCCUUCCCAGUGACACUAUGCAACCCCAGCGCGACCCGGGAGGCCUCGGGCUCCUGCUGCUGUCCUGGAGCCUGCUCCUCUUCGAGGCGGCCAGGGCCGGCCGGCCGGCGGUUAGCUGUCCUGCUGCCUGCCUGUGCGCCAGCAACAUCCUCAGCUGCUCCAAGCAGCAGCUGCCCAACGUGCCGCACUCCUUGCCCAGCUACACGGCGCUGCUCGACCUCAGCCACAACAACCUGAGCCGCCUGCGGGCCGAGUGGACCCCCACGCGCCUGAUCCACCUGCAGUCCCUGCUGCUGAGCCACAACCACCUGAACUUCAUCUCCUCCGAGGCCUUUUCCCCCGUACCCAACCUGCGCUACCUGGACCUUUCCUCCAACCAGCUGCGCACACUGGACGAGUUCCUGUUCAGUGAACUGCAGGCCCUGGAAGUCCUACUGCUCUACAACAACCACAUCGUGGCAGUGGACCGCUGCGCCUUCGACGACAUGGCCCAGCUGCAGAAACUCUACCUGAGCCAGAACCAGAUUUCCCGCUUCCCUCUGGAACUGGUCAAGGAAGGAGCCAAGCUCCCCAAACUCACCCUCCUGGAUCUCUCGUCCAACAAGCUCAAGAACUUACCGCUGCCCGACCUGCAGAAGCUGCCCGCGUGGAUCAAGAACGGGCUGUACCUCCAUAACAACCCCCUGCACUGCGACUGUGAGCUCUACCAGCUCUUCUCACACUGGCAGCACCGGCAGCUGAGCUCCGUGACGGACUUCCAGGAGGACCUGUAUUGCGUGAGCUCCAAGAAGCUGCUCAACGUCUUCAACCUGAGCUUCCUCAACUGCAGCGAGUACAAGGAGCGUGCCUGGGAAGCCCACCUGGGGGACACCUUGACCAUCAAGUGUGACACCAAGCAGCAGGGGAUGACCAAGGUGUGGGUGACGCCAAGCAAUGAGCGGGUGCUGGAUGAGCUGGCCAACGGCACGGUGACGGUGUCCAAGGACGGCAGUCUUCAUUUCCGGCAGGUGCGGGUUGAGGACGGGGGCGUGUAUACCUGCCACGCCACGGGGGACGCUUUCAACGAGACGCUGUCUGUGGAGUUGAAAGUGUAUAAUUUCACCCUGCACGGCCACCAUGACACCCUCAACACGGCCUACACCACCCUCGUGGGCUGCAUCCUCAGCGUGGUCCUGGUCCUCAUAUACCUGUACCUUACCCCUUGCCGAUGCUGGUGCCGGGGUGUCGAGAAACCGUCUAGCCAUCAAGGAGACAGCCUCAGCUCUUCCAUGCUUAGCACCACCCCCAACCACGAUCCUAUGGUUGGUGGGGACAAGGACGAUGGUUUUGACCGGCGGGUGGCCUUCCUGGAACCUGCUGGUCCUGGGCAGGGUCAAAACGGCAAGCUCAAGCCAGGCAACACCCUGCCAGUGCCCGAGGCAACCGGCAAGGGCCAGCGGAGGAUGUCGGAUCCGGAAUCGGUCAGCUCGGUCUUCUCUGAUACACCCAUUGUGGUGUGA